UUUAAUCCUUGGGUGGCAGGCUUGAGGGGGCGCUUACAGGCAGGCUGACUUCCUACGCUCCUGUUGGCUAGUUUUAUAGCUCUCGGUGGAAGACUUAAAACUAAGUAUUGGGAACAUGCUGCCCUUAAGUUUGGAUUGUUGCAAAUUUUCCAGCCGAGUGUCACUGGCGUCCCAUUCUCGGACCGUUAAACCGAUAUAUCCAACGUCUUAUCAAUAGGCACUUUUAUUCUGGAUUUGAUUUUUAUAAAGCGUCGAUGGUUACAGUAGGUAGCUGCUUAUAAUUUACGAUUUUGAAACAGCAUCGACGUUUUUUGUGUUGUUGCCUUUUUGUGUCCUUUUCAAAUCCGUUCCAAGUGGCAUAUAUGAACUCCAUCAGACGCCACUCUCGCGGACAAUGAAGACCACUCGAAAAUGCCGAGCUCUGCUGUCCGUGGGUUUGAACCUGUUAGCCCUGCUGUUCUCCACCACGGCGUUUAUAACGACGUACUGGUGCGAGGGCACCCAGCGGGUCCCGAAACCCAACUGCAGCAAGGACCGGCGGCACAACUGCAUCGAUUACGGGGUGAACGAGACCGACCAGAGCAAAGUUCACUACAGCUGGGAGACCGGAGACGACAGGUUCCUCUUCCGACAUUUUCACACGGGCAUCUGGUACUCCUGCGAAGAAAACAUCAACGGCGCAGGUGAAAAAUGCCGGAGCUUUAUCGACCUGGCCCCAGCGUCUGAGAGGGGUGUCCUUUGGCUGUCAGUGGUGUCGGAGGUGCUAUACAUCAUGCUCCUGGUGGUUGGCUUCAGUCUGAUGUGUCUGGAGCUCUUUCACUCUAGCAACGUGAUCGAUGGACUCAAGCUGAACGCCUUCGCCGCCGUUUUCACCGUGCUCUCAGGACUCCUGGGGAUGGUGGCUCACAUGAUGUACACACAGGUGUUCCAGAUCACAGUCAGCCUGGGCCCAGAGGACUGGAGGCCUCACACAUGGGACUACGGCUGGUCCUUCUGCAUGGCCUGGGGCUCGUUCACCUGCUGCAUGGCCGCCUCGGUCACCACCCUCAACUCCUACACAAAGACUGUCAUCGAGUUCCGGCACAAGCGGAAGCUGUUCGAGCAGGGCCUCCGCGAGGAGCAGACCUUCUUGGACCAGGAGGCCUUCCACUACUUCCGGGACCGCUCGGUGCAGUCCGUCUCCGGCUCGGUUGACACCUUCCCGGUCCAGGGCCAGGGCGGCGGCAGGGGCAAGGUGCGGGGGCCGUCAGCGGCUUCUGUGGACCUGGGGGACAGCCCCGACUCCCUGGGAGAGGAGCAAUGCUGAAACGCCCGCACCCAGGGACUGGCCCGUCCCACACUGGGAGGACUCUUUACAAAGGACCAUGGGAAGGAUUCGAGUGGCUGUUCCGCUUUUUCAGAGCAGAGGUGGCCCUCCUUUCAGAAGUAUUUUUUAGGGGAGGGGUGGAGGUGGGGUGAGGGUAAAAAGUACUAAAAUGUAUAUUUGAACAGUAAUGGGUGGUGACAGUUUGAACACAUUCUGCAGGGCUCACAAAUAUAUUGGGUUUGUUAGGCAUCUAAGCAGUGCACAGGUGAGAUUUCAGUUGGGUUCGGAAAGCAAGGGUAUCUCCAGACUCAACGGGAAGUGGGGGGUGGAGGUACAUAUUUUUGACAGUAAACUUUAUCACUGCCAUUUAAAGAAAUGCAGACUGUGUAGGUAAGGGAGGGGGGAACACAUGACAGAACUAGUACAGUGAUUAUACCUUAACUCCGAGUGAUCAGAUUCAGCAAGCGUUACAUCAUGAAUCACACAAAACAAAAUGUUUGCUUAUUUCAGUGGCUUCAGAACUCAGGCCAAUAUCAGAGCGUUCACAAUGGCAUAACACUAGCCUGAGUUUGUACACUCGGAGUUAAAGAAAAAGUACCACGAGGGUUAGGCUGGAGGCUCCCUCAGAAGGAAACGGCUUAUGCAAAUCUCAGCUCAUUUUAGAUUCUGCUUGUUAGUGUCUGUGGUUGUUUUUGACUCUUAAGCUGGAUUCUUAUAUACAUAUGGUCAGUGGCAAAAUGUGUAUUGGUCAUUUGUAAUUCCUGAAACACUCAAAGAUGUAUGUGUACAUACACAAUAACAAAGUAUUCCUUAUUUGAAUGUAUACAUUUAUCUUUUAUGCACUGUAUUAUUGUCUUUUUUAUAUCUAUAACAAACAUAUUUGUACAAAUUGAACAUUAUUAUUAUUAAUAAUUUAUUUGGCAGACACUGUUAUCCAUAGUGACAUACAGAACAUCAGAAAUGGCAGUGCAGAACUCAGCUAGCGAAUAAGUAAGUACAGCAGAUCCCACAGUGUAACAUCACCUUAGGCAACAUGGAGCCGUUUUAUCCAAUUAUCCAAUGCAAAGUUACCACAGAAACAAAGCAGCUAACAAGGCGAAGUUUCAAUCCGCGGCUGAAGUUGCAUAUUAGGUGUACUAUUUCAAAUGUAGCACGAAGACUGAAACUUGUGGCAAUUUUCAGUCUCUGAUGCAUUAUUGAAAGGCAGAAAUACAGAACUGAAGCGGCUUUGUAACUGUGAGUGUCUAGGCGAUGUUGAACCUUCACUGCGUGGGAACAGAACCAUGUGGACUGCUCUGUUUACCAUCUCAACGCGACAAAGGAACGGCGUAAGAAUUUAUUUACUCAUGUUUUAGAUUCAUAUUUGUGCAGAAUCUGUUAUGAUAUUGUAUUAAAAUAGCUAAAUAAACACCUGGAGUUUCAAA